CGCAUAGCUGAAAAUGUGACAUCGAAGGACAUAGCGAUUUCCUCGUUUCACCACCGUUGACAGUUCUCCCGAUUUCUGUGAAAAAUUGAUAGAAUAUCAAAGCUGUCGCAAGGAAUAUCCGACGUUGAGACUUCCGAUUGAUCAGUUGCUUUCUACGUGUGGUUGUUGUUCGUACAUCGUAUCGCGGCGUACAGUGAAGAUGUAAGUGAACGCAUAAGAGCGAGCGAACGUGUGACAAGUUACUAACGUGAACACUAACGCUUGGUGAAUUGUACAAAUUUGUGCAUUGACUCGUCGUUCUGCAGACACGCCUUUCUCAUCGUUCAAAGGAUUAUUAGCAACGUGAUGAAACUUCACGAGAAAAAGGAGUCCGGAAUACACAGAGUGCAGGAGAUUCCCUUGGAGGAGUUGGAUCUGUCGAAGGAGUAUGAAGUGGAGAAAACGCUCGGCGAGGGUAGUUUCGCUAAAGUUCUAUUAGCGACUCAUCGAGCGACGCGAACCAGGGUCGUCCUGAAAGCCGUCCACCAAGAAUUAACUACGGAGAAGGACUUUUUCCGCGAGUUUCACUAUUCGUAUCAUUUAAGCCCGCACCCGAACAUAUUGUGCUCGUACGCGGUCGCGUUCAAAGCGGAGAAGUGCUUCGUUUUCGCGCAAGAGUACGCCCCUUAUGGAGAUCUCGCGGGCAACGUGAGAGCCGGGGGAUUGAGCGAGGAAGCGUGCAAGAGGAUCGCGAGUCAGCUCUGCUCCGCUCUCGAUUUCAUACACUCGAAACAGUUGGCCCAUCGGGACAUCAAGCUGGAAAACGUGCUGGUGUUCGCGCUGGACAUGUCCAAGAUCAAGCUGUGCGAUUUCGGUUGCACGAGACGCGAAGGCACUUUAGUCAAUAAAAUACGUUGCACCUGGUUGCCGUUUCAACCGCCGGAGAUCUGCGAAAUAGUAAAGAACGAGAGGUAUGCCUGCAAGAGGAGCGCCGAUUGUUGGCAAUUCGGUAUCGUCCUCUUCGUUUGCCUGACCGGGAACCCGCCGUGGCAGACGGCCGAUCUCAUCCAAGAUCCGGAAUACUCGGCGUUUCAGAGAUGGUUGAAAAGAAGGACCACCAAAGUACCGCCAACGUUCAGACGAUUCACGCCCAGGCUGCUGCGAUACUUCAGGCGAACGUUCGAGCACAAGCCUGAAAAGAGGCCGCACGUAACCGAGAUCAACAAAUACCUGAAGGAUUCGUGGUGCGUGAACAAGAUCAGUCACAGCGCUACUUCCACGUUGGUGGAUGCCAGCGAGGGAAUAGCGAGGAGAGCCGACAGUCUACUCUACCUGGACACCAUCCUGGACGAUCAGAGAAACGUCGACGAGAACAAGAACAAACUGAGAAAGCUUCUGAACAGUUACGGCCUGGAAACGACGAUCGAUCAGAAGGUGGUUACCAAGAGGAUCUGGGAAUGGGUGAUGCAGUGCGACUCGAACAUCGCGGAGCCAGCUUUCGUUGGUAGCCUCGGGACAGAAACCAUGUGAGGGAUAGUCAAAGCUUCUAGCGAGCCUUGUCUUAGAAGCGAUCGUCAGGAACGGAAGUAUAGUUUCGGUAGCUUCGACGCUGCCCGCGACGGAGACGCUCCGUCCUCUCUACAAUGUGCCAAAGCAACGUUCGAACGAACGGCGACCAACUCGCCUUCGAUCUUCCAUUAGAACGAUGCAUCGUCGUUUCCGUACCGACGACCGAUACGGACGCGAAAACGUGUGAUAAUCCCUCAAUCAUCUUCCACAACUCGUUACACAUCUUCUCUACUUCUUCGUUCUCCUGUUCAUCGCGUCCCAUUCAACUCAUCCGCGCACGCUCAUUCCUUCAUUUUUCUUGUCUUUCUAUUCUCCUCCCCGUCACUAUCCUCUUCGCUGCAUCAAUCUUCUCUAUGAGCGGACCAAUUAUCGACAAACGUACGUGCGUACACGGAACACGUAUAUAUUAUUCACGUACCAGCAUCAUUUUCGUACAAUCCCUCUCGCGUGGAAGAUCUUCGACGACGAGAAUUGCCUAAAAGACUGUACGAAAUAGUCGAGUGCGACGAACACGAGAUCACAUUGGCGAUUCUCUCAUUUUUCCAGUAAAGAAUACAAAACGAAUGUGAUACAAAACGAACAAAAAAAAGAGAGAGAGAGAAAAAGAGAAAGAGAGAAAUAAAAAAAUUCAUUAAGACUGCGGCGAAUACGAACGUAACUGCGAUCGGUGUUUUCGGUGUCGACUAUAGAGACAAUAAUGACUGCGGAUUUCCUAGUAAUUUAUUACAUUAUGAUAAUUAUAUACUAUAUAGAUUUAACGAACGGUAACCGGUAGAGGUCACUGUACGAGGCCUUGCGUGAAAUCGAAGAAUUCGUUCCAUCGUGUAGGAAAGAAAUUAGAGAAGAGAAACCAAUAGACGCGGAACAUUCUAAAACAAUCAAGGAGGCGAGGAUGGGACGAAUUUGAAAAGAACUCGAACAGACAUUGAGCGAUGUAUUUAGUGUCAUUAAACGAUAUAGCGUAUGUAUACACAUAGCGCGCAUAUAUUCUUCUAGCAAUUUAUCGGUAGAAGGAGCGAAUAUAUAGAAAUGGUCGAUGGUACACAAUUUGGUAGAGCUAUCUUACCACAGAACAUCAGGCUAUACAUACGUAACGACGCAGUUCUUCCCCCUCCACCGCGCGACGCGAAAUUUGUAAUUAGCAAACUUGUAAAAAGAAAAUCGUUAAGAAGAGAUAGAAGGGAAGAAAUGUGCACUAACAACGCGUUAGGCCUCCGUUAACGCGAAGCAAUGUUUUCUAUAUAAACGAUAUAUUGAAAUAAAUAUAUUAAACACAAACAAUUGAAAUAAUCUGUCAAAUAAUUUUUGAGACACGGUAUUCCCUCGAGUCACUCUUUGUCUCCCUUCUAAACAAGCUACAAGUUAUUCAAAA